AACGGAAGUCUACGAACAAAACUUACGGUCCAUUAUCAGUGUUUAAAUUUCCAAACAUAAGAUUUUUAAGUGCUUCAAACAUCAAAUUAUAAUCCUAGAACUUGGUCAAUAUUAGCUAGUCUACAGUAUUAAUAAAACCAAACAUGAAUUAUAAAUAUAUAGGAUAAAGUCACUAAAAAACAGGCCGAAUAGCACUGGCAGCUGAGGCCUUUCCAACAUUAAAAAGAAGAGUAACGGAAGUCGAUGUUAAACCGGUUCUAUUGUAAGAUUAAUUUUAGUUUGAUAAAAAGUUGUUUGAAGUAUCGCAGUGUUUAAUACCAACGAAUAACAGGCGAAAAAGUGAUGUAAAUACAGAAAAAAAUGGCAAUAGGCAGAGGAAAAACCACGAGAAACGCCCCUGUAUAUAAUGAAAGGUUUUCGGGCACGUUCUACGCAUACUCAUUUAGAUGACAGCGCCAGUGGCGCCCCGUUUGGUAAUACCGAACGAUGUUAAUUGUGUACUUCCGAAGUUAAUCGUAAAAUAUUGAAAAAAAACAAUGUUAAAUGAUGCAAUUGUGAAAUAAAACAAUCAAUGUGGUUAUUGGAACGAUCCUUUUUAUUCAACAGUAUAAUUAUAUAAGUGUGCAGUGCAAUUUCAGCAAAAGUCGAUUUAGUGACAGGGUGUAUCGAGUAGUUUAUGGGUAGACCGAUAGAGGAUUCGCGAUUGAACUCUAUAAAAUAUUAGCCAGAUUCUAUUUUUAAAAUAUGCCUGUGUAGAUUUGUGUUGUAUUCUACUAAUAUAUACCUGUCUCGGUAAAGUGGGCUAUUUUUGAAAAUAUUUAUGUAAAAAUAACUAGUGUCCAUGGGAUUGUAAAAAUACUCUAGGGAGCCAUUUUUUUACUCUACAAAUUUAAUUUUUUCUUUGCUCGGAAACUAAGUGAAUUCGGUUAUUUGUUCAAGUGAUUUUUCGAACAUUUAUGGUGAAAGCAUGCGAAAAUAUGUUGCCUCGUAAUGGGAAAUGUCUCCUGAGAAUGUAAUGGUUUCCCAUCAAAGCUAUGGAAGUAUAUGAUUUGUAUUUGCAACUCCUGUUAUAAGUUUUUCGGUAGGGUGAGAGCCACGGUGGCGUCAGGCCCAGAGUGUGGCCCGGUGGCCGCCGAUAAGGGGGCCGAUUGCUGGUGGUCCCCCCUGGCGGCCAUGGGCUGCUUCGGGAAUAGGGACGCCGCCCAGGCGUCCGAAGAUAUCCGUUCUCAAAAACGUAUCAGUGACCAAAUAAAUAGGCAGCUAGCUAAAGAAAAACAAGUUUAUCGUGCUACACAUAGAUUGCUACUUUUGGGAGCCGGAGAAUCGGGAAAAUCGACCAUAGUUAAACAGAUGCGUAUAUUGCACGUCAAUGGUUUCAGUGAAAAAGAGAAAAAACAGAAGAUCGAGGACAUUAAGAAGAAUAUUCGAGAUGCUAUCAUCACAAUUUCGGGGGCGAUGUCGACCCUCAGUCCGCCCGUAGCUCUAGAAAAGCCGGAAAAUCAAGCGAGAGUAGAUUGGAUACAGGAUUGUGCCACUGGUCCGGAUUUCGAUUAUCCACCGGAAUUUUACGAUCACACCGAGGCACUAUGGAAGGACAGAGGCAUACAAGCCACUUACGAUCGAAGUAAUGAAUAUCAAUUAAUAGACUGUGCUAAAUAUUUUCUCGAUCAAGUGAGCGUUAUCAGAAGGCCAGAUUAUACGCCUACGGAACAGGAUAUACUCCGCUGUCGUGUCCUGACCAGCGGUAUAUUCGAAACCCUCUUCCAAGUCGAUAAGGUCAAUUUUCAUAUGUUCGACGUCGGCGGUCAACGUGAUGAACGCCGCAAAUGGAUCCAGUGCUUCAAUGACGUGACUGCCAUAAUAUUCGUGACGGCUUGUAGUUCAUACAAUAUGGUAUUGCGGGAAGAUCCUACUCAGAAUAGGCUCAGAGAAAGUCUCGAUUUGUUCAAAUCGAUAUGGAACAACAGAUGGUUGAGAACCAUAUCCGUUAUCCUUUUCCUCAACAAACAGGAUCUCUUAGCCGAAAAAAUAUUGGCGGGGAAGAGUAAAUUGGAGGAAUAUUUUUCUGAAUUUACGAGGUAUACGACUCCAGUGGAAGUCGCUAAUGAUUCCAACGAACAUCCUGAAGUGUUUCGAGCGAAAUAUUUCAUUAGAGAUGAAUUUCUGCGCAUAAGUACCGCUUCGGGUGAGGGUAAACAUUAUUGUUAUCCGCAUUUCACGUGCGCCGUCGACACUGAAAAUAUCAAAAGAGUGUUCAACGAUUGCCGAGACAUCAUCCAACGUAUGCAUCUUCGUCAAUACGAACUAUUAUAACCGCCCAAAUUUAUUUUGCGCCCCCAACUCUAUUUACCUACUACCCCCCCUAUAUCCCCCCCUUCGAUACGUCAACACACAAACACACUCGUUCCGAUUUUUUUUUUCUUCUUCUUCUUCUCUUUUCACAUGUUAGCCGGAGGAAAAAAACGUUUUUGUGAUCGUUUCUUUUUUUUUUUCAUUUUCUUUUUAUUUUUCAUUUUUUUUUUCUAUAGGAAGUAGAAAAGUAUCGUUGCCAAAAUAUAACAACAAAAAUUGUAAGCAUUUAGAGUAUUGUGUUUUUUAAUAUGUGAUAUAUGACAGUUUCAGACCGUAAUUCGAUAAAAGCAAAAAAUAUUUUGUAUUUUAUCCCAAAAACAAAAAAAAAAACUAAAAAAAAAAAAUUUAGUAUAAACGCACAGAUUUUUAUUAUUUAUCAAACUAUUUACUUUACGGUGUACCGUAAAGUCAUUUUUAUUCCCGUUUGCUCAUUUUUCAGUUAUUUCAGGGUUUUUUUUCAGUAUUUUUCACUCGUUUUUACGGGAUUUUGUUUAUUACCAGAAAUUUUAUUACGCCGACUGACAAUCACGAAAAAAAAUUUUUUUUUUAAACUAUAAAUCUUGGAUUUUCCUUGGUUUUUAUUUAUAAUUAUUCUUUUUUGUACGAUUAAAUCAAAUUAAGAAAAUCGAAAUAGCGUAUUUCGAAAAUAACAAUUUUUUUUUUCGAAAUAAUUCUGAUUAAACUAAAAAAAAUGAAUUUCGAAUUUUUUUUUCAUUUCAUCAUAAAUUUUUUUAUAUUUUUAAAUCGAAAUAUAAGUAUGAAAAUAAUAUUUUUCGAAAAUAACAAUAUUUUUGGAAAUUAUUAUAAUUAAAACAGAAAAAAACAAGAAUUUCUGAAAAAUAUUUUUUUUCUGUUUUAAUUACAAUAAUUUCCAAAAAUAUUGUUAUUUUCGAAAAAUAUUAUUUUCGAUUUAAUAAAUUGGAUUAUUUUUGGUGGGAUUGUAUAUAUACAGGGUGUUUUUAUGAACACGUUGUCUAUAAAAAUAAUUUUCGGGAAUUUUUUUAUAAUUUUUUCGAUUUACAAAUGACAAUUUUUCAAAAAUUAUUAUGAUUAAAUCAGAAGGAAAAAAUAAUUUUCUGAAGGUGGUCAAUUUUAAAUCGAAAAAAUUAUAAAAAUUCUGAAAAUAAUCUUUAUAUACAAAGUGUUCAUAAAAACACCCCGUAUAUACACAAUUCCACCAAAAAUAAUUCAAUUUAUUAAAUCGAAAAUAAUAUUUUUCGAAAAUAAGAAUUUUUUUGGAAAUUAUUAUAAUUAAAACAAAAAAAAACAAGAAUUUCUGAAAAAUAUUUUUUUUAUGUUUUAAUUAUAAUAAUUUCCAAAAAUAUUGUUAUUUUCGAAAAAUAUUAUUUUCGAUUUAAUAAAUUCGAUUAUUUUUGGUGGGAUUGUAUAUAUACAGGGUGUUUUUAUGAACACGUUGUCUAUAAAAAUAAUUUUCGGGAGUUUUUUUAUAAUUUUUUCGAUUUACAAAUGACAAUUUUUCAAAAAUUAUUAUGAUUAAAUCAGAAGAAAAAAAUAAUUUUCUGAAGGUGGUCAAUUUUAAAUCGAAAAAAUUAUAAAAAUUCUGAAAAUAAUCUUUAUAUACAAAGUGUUCAUAAAAACACCCCGUAUAUAUACAAUCCCACCAAAAAUAAUCGAAUUUAUUAAAUCGAAAAUAAUAUUUUUCGAAAAUAACAAUAUUUUUGGAAAUUAUUAUAAUUAAAACAAAAAAAAACAAGAAUUUCUGAAAAAUAUUUUUUUUAUGUUUUAAUUAUAAUAAUUUCCAAAAAUAUUGUUAUUUUCGAAAAAUAUUAUUUUCGAUUUAAUAAAUUCGAUUAUUUUUGGUGGGAUUGUAUAUAUACAGGGUGUUUUUAUGAACACGUUGUCUAUAAAAAUAAUUUUCGGGAGUUUUUUUAUAAUUUUUUCGAUUUACAAAUGACAAUUUUUCAAAAAUUAUUAUGAUUAAAUCAGAAAAAAAAAUAAUUUUAUGAAGGUUGUCAAUUUUAAAUCGAAAAAAUUAUAAAAAAAUUACGAAAAUUAUCUUUAUAUACAAUGUGUUCAUAAAAACACAUAUACACAAUUCCACCAAAAAUAAUCCAAUUUAUUAAAUCGAAAAUAAGAAUUUUUUUGGAAAUUAUUAUAAUUAAAACAGAAAAAACAAGAAAUUCUGAAAAAUAUUUUUUUAUGUUUUAAUUAUAAUAAUUUCCAAAAAUAUUGUUAUUUUCGAAAAAUAUUAUUUUUGAUUUAAUAAAUUGGAUUAUUUUUGGUGGAAUUGUGUAUAUACGGGGUGUUUUUAUGAACACAUUGUAUAUAAAGAUAAUUUUCGUAAUUUUUUCGAUUUAAAAAUGACAAUUUUUCAAAAAUUAUGAUUAAAUAAGAAAAAAAAAUAAUUUUCUGGGGGUUGUCAAUUUUAAAUCGAAAAAAUUAUAAAAAAAAUUCCGAAAAUUAUUUUUAUAGACGUGUUCAUAACAACACCCUGUAUAUACACGAUUUUACCAAAAAUAAUCCAAUUUAUUAAAUCGAAAAUAAUAUUUUCCGAAAAUAACAAUUUUUUCGGAAUUUGAAAUUAAUUUAAUACACAAAUAAAUAUAGAAAACAUUUUUUUCGAUUUGAUGUAUUAAAAAAAAUUUUUGGUAACCAUUCAAAACAAAACCCCGUAGAUGCGUGCGAUAUAUACGGAAAACCCUGUAUGAUAUAUAAAAAAAAAACUAUUUUGUGCUCACGUCAAUGAUUUUUGUGUGAAAUUGCAUUUAAAAUAUUGAUAGACGAUUUUUAAUUGUGUAUAUUAUAUUUUUAUCAAAAAAAAAACAAAUUAUUUAAAAUUACUUAAAAAUAUACCGGGCGGUCCGAAAAGUAAAAACCCACCACAAUUAAUUCGUCUAAAUUAUUUUUAGAACUCCCCUGGUAUAAUAAAACGCGCCCAUUUUUUGUUUCCGGUUUGUAAAUUCGCCGGUAUUGAACGUUACAAGGGGGCUUCUAAAAGUAGUGGUCGUAGAGUUGCACUCGAUUAACGUUGUCGCUUAUCGAUAUCAACUUCUCGAAUUCCCCCGGUAGUUAUUUUUCUUUUUUUUUUUUUUUUUCAAAACGGAAUCGUUCCACUCCUGAUUUGUAUAAUUCUUGUCGUUAUAUGUUACAGGGGGACAUGUGAAAUUAGAUAUAUAGGCGUUUGAUAGUCGAUUUUUUUCCAAAAUUUCUUUUUUUUUUGGAUUUUUUUUUGAUUCCCCAAAUUCCUUAAUUCGAGAUUAAAUCGUCUUCUAUUUUUUUCUUAUAGAAUCUCUUCAAGAUUUAUUUUUUUCCAAAAUGUGACACUUUCAGUUUUCCGUUUGUGUAAUUGGCUCGAUUUUGUGUUACAGGGGUAUUCCUAAAAGUAAUUAUCCAAAAAUAAUGGUCCUACUUUAAACAGUGUUGCCAUUUACAUUAGUUUUCAACUAUAAAUAUACAGGGGGACUUCUAAAAAUGGCAAAAACAGUGUUGCCGUUUCUGGCAAUUGUCUAGUUACUGGGGUGGGGGGGGGCUUUGAAAAGUAGUGCUGGAGUCACGUAGAUAUAAGAGUAAUUUUACUUGACCGCCUGGUAUAUUUGAUGAAUAGUAACCUGUACAUAGUGCAAACUUUAAAUAAAUAUCGUACGUAAAUAAAUUUUCUUCCAAUAAAAUAAACACACAGUAUAGAGAAGAAAAUUGUGUAUAAAUGUUUUAAUUUCAUAAUUUAUCGAUAAGAAAAUUGGUUUCCCUUGAAAAGAAAUCUCAUCUUUCAUCGCCUACCCCCCCCCUUUCCCCCCUUUACCCAUUUUUCAUAUUAAUAAUAUUUCGAUAACACAUCACACAUGAUUAGUUGAAAAACAAAAAUAAAAAGAGGACAACUCAGUUGGUCGCAUGGGAAAAAUGUCGAAUUAUUUGUAAGGUCGAUAAUAAAUUUAUAUAAUUAGG